CACAUCGCUAGCAACAUUGGUUAGUUGUUACUAAAAAAUGCCAGAUAAGACAGGAAGAGGUACAGCCGUGGUUACCUUAUUUUAAUGUUUAGUAUGUUUACAUAAUUGUUCGUAUUUUUUCACCAAUGUCACAAUCGACAACAGUCAACAAGCAUCAAACUUCAAAGUGACAAUUUGGCCAAAAAGAAAUGGCUUCGGUCUUCGAUCAGUACGAGAACGAUUUCCAGACGAUGGUCUCGUCGAACAAAACGCCCACUUCCCCGUUUGAGGACGAUGAACCACCAAUGUUUCAAAAAGUGAAAACAAAGUUUGAUCCUCCCGAUCGAAUCACACACUUGGUCGUAUCAAACGACUUCAAGGUUCUGGCCAUGUCCAACAAUGUACUUCUCAGAGUCGAUCUUCAGAGACAGAAAUCUGGAGAUAGUAAAACUGAAAUCGACUUGAACAGGAUCGUUCCCGGUGUCAAAUUAGUCGGCUUGUUUUUAGACCCAACUGGAGAGCAUUUAUUUAUAAGCUUUUCAACAGAGCUUCUAUACUUUAAUAAAAAAUAUAAUAAACCAAAACCUGUUGGGAAAAUGAAAGGCCAUGAAGUGACUGCAGUGGCCUGGCAUCCUGCAAAUUCAGGCAUCGCACCGGACAUGACGACAAGGCCUAUUCUCCUUGGAACGGUGAAGGGUGAAAUUUAUGAAAUGCAAAUAAACCCGGAACAGGAUUCUUUUCGGUUCCAAUCCGGUGAACUUUAUUGCAAACGUGUUUUUGACAUGGGCCAAAAGAAAGGCCAGGUCAUAACAGGACUUGAGUUUCACAAAAUGGAGAAAUCCGAUCAUUAUUUUGUGAUUGUGUCUACACAAGAAUUUUUAUACCAUUAUGUGGGAAAAGUGAACAACAUUGAUGACCGGCCGUUAUUACAACCCCUUUUCAACCAGUACAUCUCAUCGACUGUUCAAGAAAGUGUACAGUAUUUACCAGGAAAACUUGAGACGUCUAGGCUCCAGCUUUACAGAACUCAUGCUAGGGCAGUUCCUAAUUCUCUCUGUUGGCAAACGAGUCUUGGAAUAUUUUGUGUCGAGAUAAAUCACAGUUCUCCGUUGAAACUUCUUUCAAGAAAUAAAAUGUACAGCUUUCCUACAGAAGAAUCGCCCGUAUCAUUUCUCAAAACAGAGUUUCACAUUCUCCUUCUCUACGCCGAUCGGAUUGAAGGGAUUUCACUUUUAUCGGAAAAUGUUGUUUUUAAAGAUUAUUUCAGUGAGAUUUAUGGGCCCUUGGUGAAUAUAUGUCGGGAUUUGGUAACUGGUAAGAUUUGGCUAUACGCACAAAGAGCUAUUUUCAUGUACGAUGUUCAUGAGGAAGAUAGACACGUCUGGCUGAUUUAUGCAGAGAAAGGUGAAUACGAAAUAGCGAAGAAGUUUUGCAAAGGGGAUGUCUUCAAGAAAGACAAAGUUUUAAGAAUGCAAGCAGAUUACCACUUUGCUCGAAAAGAAUAUGACAUAAGUGCAGUGUUUUACGCAGAAACGCAAGCGUCUUUUGAAAAAAUUGCUCUUAAAUUUUUAGAAGUUGAAAACAACGAGGCACUAAAAUUAUUUUUGAAAAAGAAAUUAUUAGGUUUAAAUCAGGGUGAUAAAGCCCAAAUGACAAUGCUUGUUUUAUGGGUGAUAGAAUUGCUUUUAAGUCAACUCGGUGAACUCAAAACCAAAGGGAAAGACAACACUAUACAGUAUUCUCAAAUUCAACAGGAAUUAGAUGAAUUUCUUCUGCUUGAAUCUUCUCAAGAAUGCAUUCUUAAAAACAGACAGGCGAUAUACGGUCUAAUGUUUAGUCAUGGCGAUCAAGAAAAUAUGAUUAAAAUCGCAAAGGCCACUGGUGAUUAUGAUAAGGUUGUGAGUCAUCACAUUAACCAAGGAGAAUGCUUUAAAGCUUUGGAAGUUUUGAACCUACAACACCGAAACAAGAAACUCUGGUAUCAGUACAUCCCAAGCCUAUUGCAAGAGGAGCCGACUAAAACUUUAGCUGCACUAAGGAUGAUGGGUAAAGAUUUAGACCCGAUUCUUAUUCUACCUUCUUUAAUCGCUGAAUCUAGCACCCGACCAUAUGAAAUGAUCAAAUAUCUUGAAUUUUGCACUAACGAAUUGAACUGCCAAGAACAAGCGAUACACAAUUUUCUGCUUUUCCUGUUGGUCAAGUACAGCCCAGAAAAAUUGAUGACCUAUCUCAAAUUACAAGGUGAAGAACUGAGUAUGGUAAACUACGAUGUGAGGUAUGGUAUUCGGCUAUGUCGUCAAUUCGAUAGGAAAGAGGCCUGCGUCAAGCUCUCGUCGCUUUUGGGUCUUUGGGAAUCUGCGGUCGAGCUCGCCCUCUCUGUCAGUUCCCAGCUCGCUGUGCAGACCGUCCAGUCGAGUCAUUGUUCUCCUAGCCUUCAACGGAAACUUUGGCUGAGCAUCGCCAAGCAUGUAGUGAUGCAAGAAAAAGAGGGCAACAUAUCCCAAGUGAUGAAUUUUCUCAAACAAUGCGAUCUCAUUAAAAUAGAAGAUAUAUUACCAUUUUUUCCCAAUUAUCCUACAAUUGAUUAUUUCAAAGAUGCAAUUUGCUCUUCCUUACAAGAGUAUAACCAGCGCAUAGAAGAUCUGAAAGAGGAAAUGCAAGAUGCCACAAAAUCUGCAGAAGUUGUACGAAAUGAAAUACAAUCAUUUAGAACAAGGCACACAAUUAUCAAAUGGAAUACAAACUGCUUCAUAUGCAAACUUCAGCUUCUGAUGCGACCGUUUUAUGCUUUUCCAUGUGGACAUUUCUUCCACUUCGACUGCCUUGUAACAGAAUUAAAACCUCUGUUACCACAGAAGCAACAGGAGUCGCUUCAAAGUCUACGUAGGCAAGAGAGCUCUCAAACGAGAACAAUAGAAAAAGAAAAAGUCAGGGCUCAGAUCGACUCCAUUCUGGCAGCACAGUGUCUUUAUUGUGGUGAUAUCAUGAUUGAUUUAAUUGAUGUGCCUUUUAUAAAAGAUGAAGAUUACGAGCGACUGAAGAAAGAAUGGGAAUGAUUAAAAGAUAAUCAACAAGAGUUUGCAAAUCACUCCAAAUUAAAUACUCUAAUUUGAAAUCAAUAUUAUUUAUAUGUUAUUAUUUACAUAAAAUACUACAGCAAGUCAAUUUACUAUUUAAUUAACAACAUGUCAUGAUGGGAGGUGUCAGAGUCAGAGUGUCUCCCAUUUCAUUUGGAAUGUUCUCUCCACUCUACUGUGUAUGUACAGAUUUUUCUGAAAAUUUCAGGUUUUUCACUAGUUAGUCAACAAAUUUUUGCAUUAUUUAUUAAUUGUUUAUAUAUUGGUGAACUAUUCUUAUACACAAGAUUCCUUACCAACUAUAAAGCUCGUGGAUCUCUGAGAUAAUGUGUGUUGUGGUGCAUAAAAUAUAAAAUAUUAUAACAAUAAAUUAACUUAAUACAUUUUAA